CAGUAGUCAUGAAACGACAAGCCUGAUGGCAAAGCGACAGAGUUUUGACAAAAACAAAAUCCUCUUCCGAGAUGUUCAUGACCUCACCAUUGAAUAUGGGGAGCUCGCUGCACUAUGCCAUGCGAGGCCCGUGGGUAUAGGACGGGAUGAAGGCCUCGCUGCGUCCGCAGUCCCGUCCUUGCUAGUAUAGCUGUCGGAGGUACGCUCGUCCAUUCGAUCCGUACAUUCGCCUUUUGCAACGAAGUCUGAAGUGUUACUUACCUAUUAACUAGGUGCAGAAAUCCAAGAUGAAAAUCGACUUUUAUUAUAUGCCAGCGAGUGCUCCGUGCAGGAGUGUCCUGCUCACGGCCAAGGCCUUGGGUGUGGAGCUCAACUGCAAGCUCACCAACCUUCUCAAUGGGGAGCACAUGACGCCUAAAUAUAUUGCUAUGAAUCCCCAGCAUACGAUCCCUACCAUGGACGACAACGGGUUCUACCUUUGGGAGAGCCGUGCCAUCAUGACCUACCUGGCGAACAAGUAUGGAAAGAAUGACAGUCUGUACCCGAAGGACCCCAAAGCCCGGGCAAUCGUUGAGCAAAGGCUCUAUUUCGACAUGGGCACUCUCUACCAUCGAUUCGGCGAAUACAUAUACCCAGUGAUGGGGAAAGACGUCACUCUGGAUCCCGAGAAGAAGAAGAAACUGGAAGAGGCCCUGGGCUGGCUGGACGGAUUCAUCCACACGUCCGGCGGGAGUGUCCUGCUCACGGCCAAGGCAUUGGGUGUGGAGCUCAACUGCAAAAUCACCAACCUUCUCAAUGGGGAACACAUGACUCCUGAAUAUAUUGCCAUGAAUCCCCAGCAUACGAUCCCUACCAUGGACGACAACGGGUUCCACCUUUGGGAAAGCCGCGCCAUCAUGACCUACCUGGCGAACAAGUAUGGAAAGAACGACAGUCUGUAUCCGAAGGACCCCAAAGCCCGAGCAAUCGUUGAGCAAAGGUUCUACUUCGACAUGGGCACUCUCUACCAUCGAUUCGGCGAAUACAUCGUAAGCACUCCCAUUAAUAAGAUAUCCCCGGUGAUGGGGAAGGACGUCACUCUGGAUCCCGAGAAGAAGAAGAAACUGGAAGAGGCCCUGGGCUGGCUGGACGGAUUCAUCCAAAAGUCCGGCGGGUACUGUGCCGGCAAGCACGUCACCCUUGCGGAUUUCGCCAUAAUCGCCACCGUUGCUUCGAUUGAGGCGGCGGGUGUGGUGGAGUUGGCCCAGUACAAGCAUCUGUCGGAAUGGUUCGCCAAAUGCAAGGAGGAGAUGAAAGGCUAUGCUGAACUCAAUCACGAUGGAGCCGUCAAAUUUGGCGAUUUUGUUAAGAGCAAGAUCGCUGGCAAAUAAAUCCGUCACCUGCCAUCUCGGGCUCCACUUUUAAAUAUCCUUGUUUAUUGAAGAAUGUAAUAUGAAUUUCCUUGCUUUUCAGUUUUUUUUCAUCCCUGAUAGUUUUACUUUCUCUCGAAAUCAUGUGGCGCCAAAAUUUUCCUAUGGAAUCAAUUUGAAAGUAAAAAAUUCCUGCAGACAACCUUUUUUAUUUUCUGAGAAGUGCAUUUCCUUGACAUUCUGUUCGCCC